UCCUUCCAGGAGCUGUCGGGAAAGGACCUGUGCGCCAUGUCCGAGGAGCAGUUCUGCCAGCGCUCGCCUGCCUGCGGAGACAUCCUGCACGCCCACCUCGACAUCUGGAAGUCUGCCGCUUGGAUGAAGGAAAAAGCCGCCCCGGGAGAUGUGAGAUACUGCGGAGGUGAUGCCAGCUGGGCGGACAGUGAGGUGGACUCAUCCUGCGCCGGCCAACCCAUCCACCUCUGGCAGUUCCUCAAAGAGCUGCUGCUGAAACCCCACAACUACGGGCGCUUCAUCCGCUGGCUCAACAAAGAGAAAG